CGCUCUACGGGGACUCAUGCCACGCGCGUCCCUGUCCGGCGCGCAAUUAGCAGCCACCUCCGCAGCCCACCGCCACCACCCCUUCGCCCUCCCGGGCGGUCGCAGGGAAAAGCUGCAACCGUCGCCUCGCACAGGCUGCCGGCAUUGUCCUCCCGGUCCGCCGCCAAGCUUGCCGCUGCCGCCGCGGACUGCUGCGGGGCCCCGGACCCGCGCCCCAGGGACGCGCCGCCGCCUCCACCGUCCCGGCCCCCGGCUCCCGGUGCCUGGCCCCCCGUUUGGUGAAUUCUGAGAUCCGCGCUCCCUAGCCGCUCUCUCCUAGGUUUUUCCCGCAAGGCUGAGGAAGAGGAGAAGUCGCCCAGCCGCCAAACCCAGGCUUCCUCCGGCGCGCAGCCCCGACGGGGCCGCGGCAGGCGCGGCGAGAGCGCCGACGGAGCCAUGAGAGAGUACAAAGUGGUGGUGCUGGGCUCGGGCGGCGUGGGCAAGUCCGCGCUCACCGUGCAGUUCGUGACGGGCUCCUUCAUCGAGAAGUACGACCCCACCAUCGAGGACUUCUACCGCAAGGAGAUUGAAGUGGACUCGUCGCCGUCGGUGCUGGAGAUCCUGGACACGGCGGGCACCGAGCAGUUCGCGUCCAUGCGGGACCUGUACAUCAAGAACGGCCAGGGCUUCAUCCUCGUCUAUAGCCUCGUCAACCAGCAGAGCUUCCAGGACAUCAAGCCCAUGCGGGACCAGAUCAUCCGCGUGAAGCGGUACGAGCGUGUACCCAUGAUCCUGGUGGGUAACAAGGUGGACCUGGAGGGCGAGCGAGAGGUCUCGUACGGCGAGGGCAAGGCCCUGGCCGAGGAGUGGAGCUGCCCCUUCAUGGAGACGUCGGCCAAAAACAAAGCCUCGGUGGACGAGCUGUUCGCAGAGAUCGUGCGGCAGAUGAACUACGCGGCGCAGCCCAACGGCGACGAGGGCUGCUGCUCGGCCUGCGUGAUCCUCUGAGGCGCCCGCGGCUGCCGCGCGCCGGCCGCGCUCUGCGCACAAAAGCCAAACGCACCCGACUCUCUAAAUGUGAUUUCUCUUCUUGCUUUGAGAUUGGAGACGACUUUGCAUUGGCCGGGGUGUCCCGGGAGCCCGGCUGGCCUCUGCGGCCGGCGUCCCCUGCCUCCGCCCCGUGUCCGAAGGGGUGUCCCGUCCUCACCAUCCGACACCCGGUGGAAAUGUGGCUCUUGGAAGCAUGUACGUUUCUCAUUGAUUUUGGUUGACGCAUAUUUCCCCGUUUAAAUGCCGUUAGGGCGCUGUAUUGGCAGCUUGACACCGGCAAGCGAAAGUUUCAGCGUGGAAAAAAAAAAAAAAAUGGGGUGGGGAGGAAGAGUACGAGGAGGAGGUGGAAAGGGAGGGGGGAUUUCCCCCCCCCCCCAACAACCCUUUUCUAGUUGCAAGUUUUAAAUACAUGGAAGGAAGUCCGGGAGAACCAAAUGAAGGAGCAGGAGGAAGGAAGAAACUUUUGGUUUUUUCCUUGUUUUCCAGGAGUAGCUGGAAAUUAAGAUGGGGUUCCUUUUCUGCCAGCUUGGAAGGGCAGCCCUGUGACUGAUUGUGAUUCUAAGGAUGUCUAUGCAAAGUUGGAUUCUUGUUACAGUGUAUCCAAUCUGAAGUAUGCACAUCUGAACUGGGACUGUAAACACUGAUGCCAAUACAGUGUGGGGUGCCAGAAAGUGUCUGCUGAUAUUUGUGGGAAAAAAAAAAAAAUCUAUUUUGUUUACCUACUGUAUCAAAGGGGAGUCUGGGGGAGAACGGUAGUAUUUUUUUUUUUAAUCAGCUGUGAAAAAAAAAUGUUACAGAUCUGCACAUUUUUGUGUGUACUAUUGUGUGCCUGUGUGUGUGUGGUUUUUCUUUUCUUUUUCUUCUUUUUUUUUUUUGAGUUUAGCUUUUUGUUCUUUUUGGUUGGCAGUGACAGGUUUUGAUGACUAGCUCUUUAAAAUACAGUACAAAGACUUCAAAAAUGUGAUUCAGGGCCCCCAGCACCCCUGUGUCUGCAGAGUGCCUUCAAAACUCAGCUGUUCAGCCGGUGCCAACCUGUGAACUUCCCACCAUAUCCCAGAAUCUGCUAUUCCCCAAACCACUUCCUAGUUUCCUUUCUGUAAUCUUCCUGAAGGAGCCAGGACAAUAGGGCCUGUUGUUUGGUGAAUUUCUUGAUUAUUUCCAGCCUUUAAAAUGUAAUUUCCAUGUCUUGCAAUGGGCUUCCCCCCCUUCUUUCUUUCUUUUUUAUUUUGCUUCAUUUUGUUCAGAUGUUCAGGUAUUUAGCUCCCCUUUUAUAUUAUUUUUUUAAAAAUUUUUGGUUAUCUGUUCUAGGGUGUUCCUCCAGAAGCAAAGAGCAAAAUUUUACUGUUGUGAUGUACCAAGAGAAUUCUAACUAACUGUAAUUUUUAAUUCCAGACACGCGUUUAAUCAUUGUCUCUUCAUUUUAAGACUUUUAAUACAAAUGUCGUUUUUAAAGAAACAAACCCAAAACUAUCGUUUGUGUUUCUGUGUUUCAUAUUCAGUGAUUUAAUACAGUAUCAUGGCUGAGGUGGAUGGGGGCAGGUGCUUGAUGCCCACAACAAAAAAACCUCAGUGACAAGCGGGGUGACAUUACUUCCAACUCCUUAAAUGCGGAAAAAAAAAUCAUAAAGGUCUAGGAAGCCCUGGGGGUAUGGCCACUAUCACUUAACUACAAGAUACGAAGGGUAUUGAAUCUGUUCUGCUGACAGGGAGCAGUUUACCUCACUGUGGGUAGAGAAGGGUAGAAACCAACUGCUAAUACUGCCUUAGAUUUGGUGAAGUUGCCAAUCUCCUGACCAGGCAGGGAAGAGCUUUUAACUUUUCUUUUUUCUUUCUUUUUUCCCCCCUCCCAUGUUUUGUUCUGUUUAAUUACAUCGUAUAUCAAGUCAAAAAUAGGUUUGAAGAUGAUUUUCAGUACUGAAGUCACACUAGAAAGAAAAAAUGAAGAUGAACCCCUAACUCCCAUUAAGCUGCAAUUUGUGGACCAUUUUGACCUCAUGAAAUUUUCCUUCUAACAGUAGGAGGCAGUGUGAGCUGCUACUUCUUAUUUUAUUUCAGUUAAGGGCCUCGUUACUAGUAUAAUCUCUGUAGAAUAAAAGAAAGUAUAUGACUGUACAUCAAGAGUGUAUGUGAUACACCUCAGCUGUGUGAAGUGUAGGUGAAGUCUUCUGUUGGGGAAGCCAAAAGAAGUUACAGGCCACAGGCAUCUUUAAAGCUAUUAACAUCUUGCCUUAAAAUGGGUCCUUUGCCCAGGUGACCUGCCACUCUUCCAGCAUGGAGGAGGAAUAGAGAAUUGGCCUGUGAUGGUCCUAUGGCCAUUUUUUCUCAUUCUUGAGCUCACGUAAGUUUAGAAUCACACAGUUGAAAGGCAGUAUGUAUGAUAAAUAUAGAAAUUAAGAGAAAUAAGUUUAUGUCUUUGCAAAUAUUAAGUUUUGCAUUUGAGUAAAUUUAGUUUUUCAAUAGAUGUUAAGUGUUGAAAAUUCUGAAGACUUGGUAAUACCAAGUACUAUGUGAAGGAUUUUUUAAAAAGGCAUUUGGUGACUGUUUCUUACGGCUUUGUUUUUUUUGUUUUUUGUUUUUUGUUUUUGUUUUUGUUUUUUUGAAGCCUUUUGACAUAAAGUGCUGCCAAAUAUCAAACUAACUUAAGACAUGUCUAUACUCCUGAAAGGAGUUUGAAAACAUUUGAAAAGGCAAAUUGGAAACAAACUAAGCUGAUGGGUCCAUUAAUCAUCUUCACAGAGGAUUUAUUCACUUGCAUGACUAAAUACUUUAUAGGUCUGAGAUGCCAGGGCAGAAGAUUUUAAUAUGUUUUUACUGAGUACUGUGAAAUAAAUCCUUUCUGGGUUCUCAAUGAAAGCAAUUUUGUUUGUGUGCCUGGAGCAGAAAUGUAGUAGUUCUGUGUUUUGCAGCCUUCUCCAUUAUUUUCUUGACAAAACUGAGAGAGAUUGAGGGCAUUGUUUUAAAGAAUAUGUCCGCUUCUUUGGCCAGUAAGAGCCCCUUUGUAGUAGUAUGGUGUGAAAAGAUAGGAGCAUUUGUUUCCAUGGAAAAGUUGGGUUGAUUUGAGGGUGUUAAAGGAAGCAAGGGAGUUUGCUAUAAGGCAAUCACCUGCCCCAACAGAAACUGGGUGGGAAAGGAACCUUUAUCUUGGAGAGCAAAAGUCAACUUUUAAACUUGGCCCCUGCUGUUUUUUAACAGCUUUUCCUUUUGGUCCCUGUCCUCCAAGCUUUAUGUCAUUUCAAAGGUCUAUUUUUGUCCUUUAGUAAGAACCUUAGAAAAAUGGAAGAUACCAUCAUUGGAAGUCUAACAUUGUCAUGUUUGGAAUUUAUGGCUUAAAUAAAACAAUUGCUGGGUUGUUAACUAUAGAAAUAGACUUCCCUGAAUCACAUUUUAGAACCAGAUCAGCUUGAGGUUAGAAUUAUUGAAAAGUAUGCGGCUUCAUGUUUCCUGACUAGUUAACCUUUUUUUUUGGAGGUGGGGGGGAUACUAAAAUGCCUCCUUUCUUUGGCCUGUUGUGGUAGUUUCAUAAAUGUUUUCUCCAGCAUGUGAUUGCAACUCUUGAGUCAAAGUUCAGUAUUUCUCGCAGGUAGGGUGGGAAAGUGAGAGAACACUGCUCAUAGCAGCCAACCUUGAGAGACAGAGGCAAGAUGUCACCAAAAGUAUAUAUUUACUUUUCACAAUAGCUGGAAUAAGCCACCUACUUCUAAAGGAAACAAAGAUUUAAUUUAGAGAUCACCAGUAUAAGUUAAAAUGAUCUCUAAUUUUUGUUACACUGUCCACUUAAUUAGGAAAGCUUGCUAAUACAAAUGUCCUUGUGAAAAUGCAGCAAAUGUCUAAAAACUACUAAUAGAAUGUGAUAUUUUUUAUUAGAAGAUUUACUCAGAUUACUAGGAAUAAUUGAGUGCAUUUGAUUGCUAGUUUCAGAAGAUCUAUUUGAUUUAAUAAUAAUGGAUUUUGAUGGUUUGAGAAGACUUUAGGAUUAUCUAGCCAGAGGUUUUUAAACUUGCCUACAUACCAGAAUCACCUGGAGGUUAAAACAGGUAUUGCUGGGCCUUGUAGUUUCUUAUUUAGUAUGUCUCAGUAUGAGCUCAUGAUUUUUAUUUCUAACAAGUUUCCAGAUGACGUUGAUGUUGAUGUUCUAGGGACCACACUUUGAAAACCAAUAAAAUAGUCCAAACUCCAAAUAAGUACUAUAUCAAGAGCCACAUAGAUAUUUAGGGACACAGGCCCGUGUCAUACAUUUUAGAGUGCUACCUAUCCCAAAGUCAUAAAAUAAUCUUGAUUGAAAUUUAUAGCUGAAGAGGGCAUAGACCAUUUACAAUCAGACUGUUAAACUGUGGAGUGUGGUGGACUGGUAUGGACGCAUUGUAGUUAGAGUAUUUAAUCAUCUUCACAUUAUUAAGUGAACAGUUUGGCUGUGGUUUCCAGUGUUAACUUCAGAACUUGACUUUUAAAAUGCGAAGGAUAGGAGCAUGGCCUAAAUAAUAAGAAUCACCUUUUUUUUCCACUCAAAAAUUUUGAAAAGAGUGUCUUAGUGUUUGUCUUCCCUUUGUUUCAAGAUUUAAAAGCAAGGAUUUUAACUUUCCACAUAUCCCAGCAAGAAUUCUUUAAAACAAACAAACAAACAAAACAAAACCAAAACAAACAGAACAAAUUAGAGAAUUUAAGUCUUCAGGUCAUGGUAAGCACAUGCAUGUGUCAUAUGUGUGUAUGUAAAUACAUACACUCAGUUUCUUAGCUGGACUUCCCAGGAAUCUGGUCAGUGUCCUGUGGUUACACAGUUAUUCAUUCUGGGACAGCCCAUACCACAAACCUGCCACACAUCUUGUUUUCUUACUCAUCUUAAUCUUUUAGAAGAAUGAGUGUUAAUCUGUUUUGUAAACUGGAGGGUACAGCUAUCUGUAGUCUUCCUUUGUUUUAAACAGACAUUUUUGAAGAAAUGCUUUCUUAGAAAAGAAAUUGCGUGCUUUUUUGUCCAAUUGACUGAGCAACGUGUUUUAAAUGAAUUAUCUGAUAAAAUUAUGUGUGGCUAAAUUUAAUCAGAGGUUUGAAUAUGUUUUGUUGGCUUAUUUGUGUUAAUUGUGCAAAUGUAACAAACACACUUUUUUUUCAUGGAAAAGAGAAAGAUUAUUGAUGCCUCUAGGAUACAGGUGCCCCAAAAUGGCCUGAAAUUAUUUCUUGAUUGUUAAGAAUAUGUUUGCAGUGGAAGUUCGUAAACAUAGCUGAAAUUGAUUUAUUCGUUAUUCAGUAAGCGUUUGUUGAGCACGUACUAUUAGCUGUUGUGUAAGGACUAAUGCUUAAAUAGUUGGAAGCCAGACAAAGGAGUAACAGUACUGUCCUUUUAUCACUAUAAGCUGUGAAAAUAGCAUGUAUUAAACAAAAGGAGGAUUUGGAAAAAUGCAGCUGCAUACGCCUUCUAGUAAUAUAUACGGGUCUGUCUGGCAGGCAAAUAGAGUAGGUAGAUUUGUUGAGAAUUGGAACUUUGAAAGGUAUGUGGAUAUUGCAAAUAAAAAAUGGAUCCCAUGA